UAAUCUAUCAUGUAGACGGAUCAAAGCUCUCCGCCUGAUUCGCAUUUGCGGAGCACAGUGUAUAAGUUGCACGCACCGUCCGAGAGGCUUAGUUCAACACAUUGGCGCAAAGCGUGUGGGAUUUCUUCACGAACCCCUUCGGAUUCACCCAUUGUACUACCGAUUGGCGAUGUAAUUGUCCAGCCGCGAAAUACCGCACUGGUUGAAGCAGUAUUUGUUUUGUAUCUCCGCCCGUUCAAAGUUCAUCUUCGCGAAGGUGUUUUGAUACGCAUCGUCCGCGAACACUCCAGUUCAGGCAAGGUUGUGCUCUAGGGUCGCUGCACUGCGCAAGAAAACAUUGGAGCGUACAAGAAAUUAGUGUGCUUUGUAGCUGAAAGCUAGCAAUUUUUCUUCGAGUGUGAUGAAUCGCGAAGCAAUUUACUAUCUUCCGGAGGAAAGCUCCGAGAGCACCUUCUGCUACGAUGAGGAUCGCCCAAAGUUACCGCUGCCAGCGUUGGAUCACACACUCAAACGGUAUCUGGAGUCACUGAAACCCUUUGGAACAGCAGAAGAGCUGGAGAACUCCAAACGGAUCAUAGAAACGUUCCGAAAAGGCGUUGGAGCGAAGUUGCAGGCGAUACUCGAACAACGCGCUAGCAAGGAGAAGAACUGGGUGGAAAAAUGGUGGGAAGAUUAUGCGUACUGUACGCUCCGCUUACCACUCAUACCGUACUGCGUGAUGGUGCAGCCCCUGCUUCUGUCUACCGUUGGACUGGAGACGAUUCCUGAAAACUUUCUCAAAGGUCCAGCCACUUGCCUACACCACAAUAUGGUGUUUUGGAAGCUUUUGCGUACAGAAAAACUACGACCCAUCGCCAGCGUCGACAAGAAGGUGAUCUUUUCGGCCGAUCUCUAUCGCCGACUGUACAACACGGUACGGCUGCCAGGCCUCGAAAUGGAUAAGGUGCAAAGCUACUUCAAAACAGAGCGCGAAGGUUCCUGCCCGUCGCACAUCAUCAUUCUCUACGGAGGACGCAUUUUUAAAGUUCCUGGGUUGGAUGCGCAAGGUGAGCCGUUAGCGCCCCAGGACUUCCUCUUUGCUUUGCAGCAAAUCCAACACAAAGUUGAGAAUGAAGUUGAUGCUCCUCACAUCGGCGUCCCGGUGUUAACGAAUGACGAUCGUACCACGUGGGCUCGUAAUCGCGAUCGGUUGAUGGAACUCUCGCAACACAAUAGGGAUAUGCUGCAGGAAGUAGAAAGCGCCGUGGCGUUGAUGAUCCUUGAUACACACGAGCCGACAGGAUAUUCCGAUUUGUCGCAGCUCGCACUGACUGGAGACAUACACUCGAAGUGGACGGAUAAAAGCUGCGGAACGAUUGCAUUCAAAAACGGCCAGAUGGGUUGCUAUGGGGAGCAUUGUUGCUACGAUGGAUCCAUUUCGAUGUCGAUCAGCCUCUACGUGAUGAUGAGUAUCUUGGAAGAAGGUGUUCCGGAUUGGACCGUGACUCCGAAGGAGCACAUUCUACCGUCGGAAGUAGUAUUUGAUUUGGAUGACACGUUGCGGUCCGAAAUUGUCCGUAUGGAGCAAGUGGCAAAUGAAAUGAAAACAAGUGUCAUCGUUUCGAUGGACCAGUUCCAGUUGUACGGUAAAGGCUUUAUGAAAAAGCACAAAAUCCACCCGGACGCCUACGUGCAGACGGCACUGCUGCUCACGUACUAUCGUCUUCACGGAAACUUUGCGCCGACCUACGAAACCGCCAUGAUGCGCCAGUACUAUAAGGGUCGAACGGAAACGUGUCGUUCGUGCAGUAUCGAAGCGGUUCGCUUUAUCGAGGAAAUGGAGAGUGGGACAGCGGGCACGGGGUCCACUAAGUGCGCCAAGAUGUUUAGGGUCGCUGCAAAUCGCCAAAUGGAGCUGAUGAAUGAGGCGCGCCAAGGGAACGGAGUCGAUCGGCAUCUGUUCGGUCUGUGGUGUGUGGCGUACGAGAACGACAUUCCGAUUCCGGAGCUGUACGAUGAUCCGCUGUACAGCAAAAGUGGAGGCGGAGGCAAUUUCAUGCUCUCGACCAGCACACUUGGCUACACGAUCAACUGCGGGUACGUGGCGCCCAUGUGCACGGAUGGGUACGGAUGUUUCUACUCCAUGCUGGAGGACAGCAUAUGGGCAAUCUUUUCUGCCUACCGCGACAGUACCAUCAGCAGCGCCCAUAAGUUUCAGCAAACAUUCCGUCAGGUGAUGGAAGAUCUUCAUGCGCUACUUGAGAACGGAGCAGAGAUUGAAAACAAGCUUUAAGACUUACAAAAAACGCACAUAUAGGUAACAAAACUGGCCUAGGGGGUAUUUUUUACCAAUUGACCAAAUGUCUGAUCGUUGGCAAGGUUAGAAUGGGUUUCGUUGUUAAAUUUUUACACACCGAUCAUUCCUAUGAAAACAGUGUACAAUUAAUAAAGGAUGAAUAAA